AUGUUUCUGCCCAGAGAUAUCUGGCGUGUCAAGAACGUGAAGCUUCGGUUACUGGAGGACAAAAUCUCGCAAUGCGACAUUCUCACAGCAGCGCUGCUGGCCCUUGCGAAGGUCGACAACUACGACGCGGAUGCUAUGCUUGACGCGAUGCAAUCUCUGGAGACUGAACUCGACAAGGUCCGCGUGGUGCUCGCCAAGAAACUUGGAGCAGAAGUUGGUGUAGCACACACGUCGGUGUUCAAGUCACCCACAGAAGAGGAAGCCAACCUGAAGUCGGGCAACGCCAACUCUGCCGCCAAAUCAUUUGCCUCUGGCUGGCGGAAACUGCGAUCAAAGUCGAGCUCUGCUUCCACCCCAUCUACUGGCGCCGUGACUCAACUCAGGGAGCCGUUGAAUGGAGCUGGCUUGACGAUGCCAUCACUUCCCAUGACCUCGUCAAGCUCGGUACAGACUUCAUCGAGGACCCAACACAGGCACAAAAUUCCACCGCCAACUCCUAAUUCUCUGACCAAUAUACCGAUCAUGCACGCGACGUAUAUGUCAAGCUUGGCGCGUCUAUUCGAUGCUGUUCAAAUCAUCGAUGCGAUCGCACGGCAAGUCGAGGAUCCUGGUCUGAAAGCGUCUGAUAAGACACACGUUGGCUUGGAGUUCUGUGUCAGGAACGCGGCAGAGUUCUUCAGUUUCUACAUCAUUCGGUUUGUUAUGACAGACGUCUGCAUCCUGGUGGACAAGUUCUUGAAAAGGGGCGCCGAGUGGACAAUGGUUUAG